AUGAGGUCUGAAAAGGAGCAAACGAACGGAGGAAGGGAGAAAAGCGUCGUCGAGAUUCAGUUCAGAGACAUCCAAAGAGAGCAGGAGGGACUCUCCGGGAAUCCGAAACAGAAAGAGGAGAAGAAGGAGGUGUUUUCAAAGGUGGUGAUUCGAAGGCUUCCACCGAGUCUGUCCAGGGAACAGCUAGAGGAACAGCUCAGCCCACUUCCAUCCUACGACUACUUUGAGUUCUUCCCAGCUGAUCAAAGCCUGUAUCCCCACCUGUUCUGCAGAGCAUAUAUUAAUUUCAAAAACCCAGAGGAUAUCCUCCACUUUAGGGACCGCUUCGAUGGUUAUGUCUUCAUCGACAACAAAGGUCAGGAGUACCCAGCAGUGGUAGAGUUUGCCCCCUUCCAGAAAAUAUCCAAAAAGAAGAUUAAAAAGAAAGAUGCUAAAGCUGGGAGCAUUGAAGAAGAUCCAGAAUACAAGCGGUUCUUGGAGAACUACGCAUGUGAUGAGGAAAAGUCCAUGGCCAACCCAGAGACGCUGCUGGGAGAGAUAGAAGCCAAGACCAGAGAGCUCAUCGCCAAAAGAACGACUCCACUUCUGGAAUACAUCAAGAAUAAGAAACUUGAGAAACAGAGGAUACGAGAGGAGAAGCGAGAGGAGAGGAGAAGAAGGGAACUUGAAAAGAAGCGUCAAAGGGAGGAGGAGAAGAGAAAACGCAGAGAAGAGGAGAGACGCAAGCGAAAGGAGGCUGAAAAGCAAAAGAAACUGUCUGAAAAAGACAUCAAAAUUAAGCUGCUGAAGAAGAGUGACAGGGACGAUGAUGUGGACUCAGAUCGGAUGAAGGGCAAAGGCGACAUUGGAGACACAGAAAGGAACAAAUGGGAGAAAGCUGGUGGGCAAAUGAAGUCCAAAGAACCAAAAGACAACAGGGCUGCUCCGGAGAGCGACAAGGAGCAGAGGGAGCAACAUGGCCGCCGGCAGAGAGACAAGGAGCACCGCGGGAAAGAUGAGGAGCGGAAACGUCAGCGGCACCAUUACGACUUCGACAAGUUCAUGCGCCGGAAAGAUGAGACCAAAUGGGGCAAGGGCUAUUGCCACGACCGGGCCAAGAAGGAAGCGCACCACCACGUCUACUCCUACUGCAGUGACGGUGGGGAGAAGCUGGGCAAGGAGGAGCGGGAGGACGCCGCCAGCCGGAAGGAGCGCCUCAGAAACAAGGUGAGCCAGAAGGACCGGCCGGCCAUGCAGCUUUACCAGCCUGGGGCACGCAACCGCAAGCGGAUGAGCUCAGCGGGGAAAGGUUAUGACUGUGUCCCGCUUGGCCACUCUCCUGAACCGGGAACGGAGCUCUGCUAUGAGGUGGUCACGAUGGGGACGGGGCUGGAGAAGAGCGGUGAAGAGUAGCCAUCAGGUUGGAUGUUCAUGUCAGAGAAAGCACAC